CAGCUUUCUCUGACUUUGCUCUUGAGCAGUGCAGCUGUGUGAGGUUCAUGUUAGAAUAAAUCUAACUCAAGUAUUUUCUCUAUUUUUUUUCAAGCUUUAGGAUCUGUGGAGGUUUUCUUUAAUAAAAAGGGCAAUCAUGAUCAGCCGCAACUUUAAAAACGUGUUGGUAGUCUCCAUUGGGUUUCUGUCUCUAUUCACGGCUUACGGAGGGCUGCAGAGUUUACAGAGCAGUCUAAAUGCAGAGCAGGGGAUGGGUGUUGCAUCCCUAAGCGUCAUCUACGCCUCCAUCAUCCUCUCCUCCAUGUUCCUGCCCCCCAUCAUGAUCAAAAAUCUGGGCUGUAAAUGGACCAUUGUCGCUGGCAUGGCCUGUUAUGUGUCAUACUCCUUCGGAAACCUCUACCCUGGAUGGUACACUCUCAUCCCGACCUCCGUCAUCCUGGGUUUGGGUGGUUCUCCUCUGUGGUCGGCUAAAUGCACCUACCUGACCAUCUCAGGGAAUAUGCAAGCUUCUAAGGACAAUAAGAAGGGUUCUGAUGUGAUCAACCACUACUUUGGGAUCUUCUUCUUCAUCUUCCAGUCAUCUGCAGUUUGGGGAAACCUGAUGUCAUCUCUCAUCUUUGGGCAGGACACCAGCAUCUCCGACAUCCCAGAAGAAGUCCUAGAAACCUGUGGAGCAUCUGACUGUGGACUCACUAUCGAAGUCAACAGCACCAGCAGCAAACCUGCACAGAAACUUGUGUGGACGCUUGUUGGGUGCUACAUUGGUGUUGGUGUUCUGGCUAUGCUCAUCGUGGCAAUAUUUCUAGACAACAUUGAUCAUCAGCAGACCAGCCAGUUUCGCGACAACCGGGAACCAUUCUGCCACACGUUCCUGGCCACCUUCAGGCUGCUGAAGGACUGGAGGCUCCUGACGCUCAUACCACUCACCAUGUACAGCGGCUUUGAGCAGAGCUUCCUCUCUGGAGAGUACACCAAAAACUAUGUGACUUGUGCUUUGGGGAUCCAUUUUGUUGGUUUUGUGAUGAUGUGUUUCGGAGCGGCCAACUCCCUCUCCUCCUUCCUGUUUGGGAGAAUUGCUCGGUACACCGGGAGAGCUACUCUCUUCUUCUUUGCUGCUGCGAUCAACUUCGCCUGCAUCAUUGCUCUGCUGUUCUGGAGGCCUCACCCUGAGCAGCUGCCUGUGUUUUUUGUGUUUCCUGCUCUGUGGGGAGUGGCAGACGCCAUCUGGCAAACUCAGACUAACGCUCUGUAUGGCAUCCUCUUCCCGAGGGAUAAGGAGGCAGCCUUCGCCAACUACCGCAUGUGGGAGUCGCUGGGUUUUGUCAUUGCCUUUGCCUACAGCACAUUUAUGUGCCUAGAGUACAAACUUUACAUCGUGCUGGCUGUUCUGGUGCUUAGUAUGAUAACCUACCCCAUAGUGGAGUACUACGAGCACAAGAAUCCCACCAAGCCCAUUGAACAGGCCACCUACGAGAAUCACAAAAAGACAGAAGAAUCAGACAUUGUUAGUCAGACUUGGAUGUAGACAAGUUGUCAUUUGCUUGUUUCCUUCUCUGACCACCGAUACUGGACCUGCAUGUUCAGAUUCAUAAAUCCUGAACGAAAAACUGAAACAUGACGAAAAUGCUACAAUAACUCCAAAAAGGCAGAAACUUUAAGAUACUUCUUUUACUUUUCAAACCUAAAACACUUCUUGUAGCUUUUUGACCAAAUGUCUUUUUUUGGGAGCUCUAUCCAGUAAAUAAUGCACAGCUAAAAUGGUCAUAAUAUAAAAGAACUGCAGAUUCUGACAAUAUAACCUGAUUUUGAAUGUCUUGUAACAUUUAAAACAUUUUAAAUUAAAAUGUGUUUGUAGAUAAAUUAACUGAUUUUCUUGACAUUUUAAUGUUAUUUCUGUACAUUUAUAUGUUGGCAAGGUGAAACCUUCCCUAAACCUUUACUGACUGUUGGAAUAUUGUCCUAUUUUUAUAGUUUAACUAUGUGCUCAUUUAGCCUAACAGCCUCCUUACAAUAAAAAUAUAUUUUUUCUCUACUCUAAAUUCAAUUGAAAUCAUACUGUAUAUGGUAAUAAUCCCUUCAUAGCUUUAAGAAAUAAAUGUAUUAACAUUUCAA